GGGUUCACAGCUGGACGGGGCCGGUGCCUGGGCUGGGGCGCGCAGCUGGAAAUAGGGCGGGCGGAGCGCGCAGAGCCGGGGAGCAGCUGGCUGGGGGCGCCUGCUGCCUGCCAUAAAGUGAAUGGCCACAGUGAAUGGGAGUCACUCGACGGGAAUCCGCCUCUGCUCGCCUCUCUCCAUGAGUCCCAAGCCAGCAGAGCGCACCGUGCCCAGCAGCGAGCCAGGGGGACUUACCGUCUGACCUGCGCGCAGGAGCCCGGGCGUCGGGGCGGGGGCAAACUUCCCCCCUUGGCCCAGGAUUAAACCAGCCGGCAGCUCCAGCAUCUGGAACCGCUGUCUCGCCGCUGCCGCCUGCCAGAUGGAUUUCAACCUGCUGACGGACGCCGACGCGCGCAGCCCCGCCCUGUCCCUCUCGGAUUCGGGGACCCCGCAGCACGAGCACGGCUGCAAAGGGCAGGACCACAGCGACACCGAGAAGUCCCAGCAGAACCAGACCGACGACUCCAACCCCGAGGACGGCUCCCUGAAGAAGAAGCAGCGGCGGCAGCGGACUCACUUUACCAGCCAGCAGCUCCAGGAACUGGAGGCCACCUUCCAGAGGAACCGCUACCCAGACAUGAGCACGCGGGAGGAGAUAGCAGUCUGGACCAACCUGACGGAGGCACGAGUCCGGGUCUGGUUUAAGAACCGCAGAGCCAAGUGGAGGAAGCGGGAGCGGAACCAGCAGGCGGAGCUCUGUAAGAACAGUUUUGGGGCUCAGUUCAACGGACUGAUGCAGCCGUACGACGACAUGUACUCCGGCUACUCCUACAACAACUGGGCUACCAAAGGGCUGGCCACCAGCCCCCUGUCGGCCAAGAGCUUCCCCUUCUUCAACUCCAUGAACGUCAGCUCGCUCUCCUCCCAGCCCAUGUUCUCUCCGCCCAGCUCCAUCGCUUCCAUGACCAUGCCUUCCUCCAUGGUCCCCUCCGCAGUGCCCGGCGCCAGCCUCAACAACCUGGGCACCAUCAACAACCUCAACAGCCCCAGCCUCAACUCGGCGGUCUCCUCCAGCUGCCCUUACGCCUCCUCCGCCAGCCCCUACAUGUAUCGGGACACGUGCAACUCUAGCCUGGCCAGCUUGAGGCUGAAGGCCAAGCAGCAUGCCAAUUUCACCUACCCGGCGGUGCAGACGGCAGCUUCCAACCUCAGCCCCUGUCAGUACGCCGUGGACAGGCCCGUAUGAAGGGCCGCCCGCCCCAACCAGGGACUCGACCGUAGCCUGACGCAAGGAGACCUUUAGCCCUGCCACCGCGGACGCCCUGCAGGAGAGAGACAGACAGACGGACCUCUGUGAAAAUGUGUCUAUUGUAUGGUU